AUGGCCACCGGCGGCGGCGGCAGCGCGGAGGACGAGAGGAAGCGGGCGCGGACAGCGGCCCGGGCCGAGAAGCCCGAGGGCGGCCGCGAGAAGCUGGGCUGGGCCCAGGUGGUGAAGAACUUGGCCGAGAAGAAAGGCGACUUCCGCGAGUCGCGCCUGCUGCGGCGCGAGGAAGAAGGCAGCGCCGGCGCGCCGGGCGCCACGGGCUUCGGCGACUUCCCCCCAGCCGCCCGCGGGGACCCGAAGGGCCGCCGAAGAGACCCCGCCGGCGAGGCCGCGGACUCCCGCAAGAAGAAGGGCGCAGCCGAGGCGAGCAGGAAGAAGACCGAAAUGGCAGCUAUGGCGGCCCCGGCCAAAGCGGGCCCCGAGGAGGAGGCGGCCGAGCGGCCCCACGCGGACGAGCCGGCAGCCGCCGCGGUGGGAGCCGCAGCAAGUCCCGGCAAGGGUCGCUUCCUCGUGCGCAUCUGCUUCCAGGGGGACGAGAGCGCCUGCCCGACCCGGGACUUCGUGGUGGGCGCGCUCAUCCUGCGCUCCAUCGGCAUGGACCCCGGCGACAUCUACGCGGUCAUCCAGAUCCCCGGCAGCCGCGAAUUCGACGUGAGCUUCCGCUCGGCCGAGAAGCUGGCACUGUUCCUGCGUGUCUACGAGGAGAAGCGCGAGCAGGAGGACUGCUGGGAGAACUUCGUGGUGCUGGGGCGGAGCAAGUCCAGCUUGAAGACGCUCUUCAUCCUCUUCCGGAACGAGACGGUGGACGUGGAGGACAUCGUGACCUGGCUCAAGCGCCACUGCGAUGUCCUGGCCGUGCCCGUCAAAGUGACCGACAGGUUUGGGAUCUGGACCGGGGAGUACAAGUGCGAGAUCGAGCUGCGCCAGGGGGAGGGCGGGAUCAGGCACCUGCCGGGGGCCUUCUUCCUCGGGGCCGAGAGGGGCUACAGCUGGUACAAGGGGCAGCCCAAGACGUGCUUUAAAUGUGGUUCCCGGACCCACAUGAGUGGCACCUGCACGCAGGACAGGUGCUUCAGGUGCGGGGAGGAGGGGCACCUGAGCCCUUACUGCCGCAAGGGCAUCGUGUGCAACCUGUGUGGCAAGCGAGGGCACGCCUUUGCCCAGUGUCCCAAAGCCGUGCACAACUCCGUGGCAGCUCAGCUCACCGGCGUGGCCGGGCAUUGAACACCUGCCAGCCUGCCACGGUGGGCACACCAGCCAGCUUAACCCCUCUAAGUGCCAACUUUUUCAAACUUUUUUUUUAAUCGUUUUUGAAGGACAUUUUUACGUUAAUUUCCAAGAGACAUCACCCUCUGCCUUCUUAAAGCGAGUUUCCCGCCAUCUCAGCCUUUUUUGACUUGGUGACGCUCAAUAAUGACUACCGCGAACUGUGAAGGUGUAUCGUCUUUUCGUUUUUAAGAUCUGGUGUUUUAGUUUGUCUUCAUUUUGGGUAUUUUGUUUUGGCCUUUUGCGUUUG